AUGCUGUCGUUUACCCCAAAGCCAGUGCAUUCCUGGGACAACCGUCCCGCCGUCUCCUCUCCUCUAUCGUCGUCUCCGGUUCGCGCCUCAUCGCCUCUCUCGGCCGAUGAACAAGCGCCGUGCCACCCUCGCCAGAUCCAGUCCUCGCCGAUCCGGCCCAUCAACUUCAAGUACCAAGCGCGUCCUGCGCGGCCAAAUCCCGUCAUCAGGAGACGAGAAGAGGCCCAAGAGCAGAGGCGGAGGAAUUUUCUGCAAAAUGUUCGCCAAAAGGCUGAAGACAGGUCUUGGCAGAGGAGGGACAUUGAGGGCCAAUUUUUGAAGACAAACUGGCUUGCUAACGUCGGCCGUCUGUCUCAUGACGCACCCUCGUUCUCCGAGGCUGAUAUCGAGGAUGCCAUGGCCUUCUCCCAGGAGGUUGAGCAGCCGCAGAUGGAGGACGACAUGAUCCCAGAGGAACUCGUGGAAGAGGAGCACAUGCUUACGUCUUACGAAGAGGAAGUAAUGGCCCAUCAAGGAUCACGGCUCCCAACACUGGCUGAGGAGAAUGAUGAGUACGACGACAUAUUUGCCGAGCUCAUCUCACAAGAGGGACAGCUUUCACAGCAGCAGCAAUCUUCACAACCUUCAAAUCAGAUGGAUAUUGAUUAA